GCCAUGAGCCGGGAGCGGCUGCGGGCGGUGCGGGACCGCGUGCGGUCCUUCCCCGACUUCCCCGUGCCUGGAGUGCUGUUUCGCGACAUCAGCCCCCUGUUGAAGGAUCCUGUAGCUUUCAAGGCUUUGAUUGAUCUUCUGGAAGAUCACCUGAGGGCCUCCUUCCCCAAAAUCGAUGUCAUUGCAGGUCUGGACUCCCGUGGCUUCCUCAUCGGCCCCCCCCUGGCUCAGAGACUGGGAGUUGGCUUCGUGCUGAUCCGAAAGAAAGGGAAACUCCCCGGCCCCACCGAGUCCAUCUCAUACGCCCUGGAGUACGGCAAGGCUGAACUCGAAAUCCAGAGCGAUGCUGUGGAAGCAGGACAAAAAGUGGUCGUGGUGGAUGACUUGCUUGCAACUGGAGGUACGAUGCGUGCAGCCUGCGAGCUGCUGGCGAGGCUGAAGGCUGACAUCCUGGAGUGCCUGGUGGUCAUUGAGCUGAAGGCCCUGGGGGGAGCAGCCAAGCUGGAGACCGUUCCCUUCCACUCCCUGCUGCAGUACGACUGAGGCUGCUGGCUGCUGCAGCACCUCUGGGGUUGCAGGCGGUGACUCUGGCUUGGUGUCACGAUGGGGUGGGCAGGGGGACCUGCUGCACUGACUCCUGCACAAGAAGCUGUGGAAGCUGCAGUGCUGCCAAGGCACAGAUCAAAGCAUGCUUAGCGCACGGAUAUUUUGGUUUUGAGUUCACCUCUUUGGGGAGGAGGAGACCACGAUGCCAGUUGACAGGUGUUGCGUUCUAGGCUACCAAAGCAGGGCAGGGUGCUCCGCAGGGCCACAGGUCCCUCUGCCUGAAGGAGAGCUCCAAGCGGGUCCUGAGGAGCUCAGAUGGGCGCAGUGCUGCUGUGCCUCCUGGUCUGAGCAGGGUUCAGGCCAGCCCUGGGUUAUCCCACCUCCCUAUCUUAGCAGGGGCUGAACUCGCUGGUACAAUAAACAUGGAUUUAUUUUUCUAUUUUUUCUAA